CGGCGGCGGAGUGUGCGUGCCAGUGGGAAAGGUAAGAUGGCGGCGGACGGAGAUGCGGUGAUUCCGGAUCAGGAAAAAGUGCGAAUAGUCUCGGAUUUUAUACUGCACUCACCGCCGGGCGAGUUCAAUGAGGUGUUCAACGACGUAAGGGUCCUGCUGAACAACGACAACCUGUUGAAGGAGGGCGCGUCCGGUGCGUUCGCACAGUACAACAAGGACCAGCUCACGCCUGUUAAGAUAGAGGGAAGCGAUCACACAGCACUCAUAACAGAACACAAUGAUCUGGGUUCUCAAAGGUUUUAUGAUGCGCGGAGUAAGCAAAGUUUUAAAUAUGAUCAUUUGAGGAAGGAAGCGCAAGAUUAUGAGCCUUACGAACCAGAUCCUGUAGCGGAAGCUUGGAGGUCAGCCCUUCAAGAAGAAAUAACAAAUUAUACUCAAAGUCACUACAGACAUGGCGCCUGCUCAGUUUUCGGCAAAUCGCUCGGAGGAAACAUAACGCUGACAGCGUGCAUAGAAGAUCAUCAAUUUCAACCUAAAAACUUUUGGAACGGCCGCUGGCGUUCAGUAUGGACCGUAAGUUUUACUCCGAAUUCGGGAAACGCCGAAUUAAGAGGUAGCCUCAAAGUACAAGUACACUAUUACGAGGACGGGAAUGUACAGUUGGUCAGUAGCAAGGAAGUGAAGGAAAGUCUGCCGAUCUCCAACGAGAAGCAAACAGCGAAGGAUUUGAUACGGUUUGUCGAGGAUUCUGAGAACGAUUAUCAAACGGCAAUCUCGGAAAACUAUCAAACGAUGUCCGACACCACCUUUAAGGCGCUGCGAAGGCAACUGCCAGUAAUGCGAACAAAAAUUGACUGGAACAAAAUUGUUUCGUACAGUAUUGGCAAAGAGCUUAAAAGUCAAUAGAAAUAGAUUUUUUUAUAUAAUAAUAUUAAAAGAAAUAUAAUUAAAAGGAAAGCGCGCAUUUUGCUGCAUGAGUGAAGUCUGGAGGUGUGAUGUGCAUGGGAGCAAAAUGUAACAUUACUGAAUAAUAUCUAAUUAGAGACACUCGACUCAUGCAUGCCACUCAAGGUUCCUCUCGACUCUAUAUUGUAUGUUGUUACAAGCAAUAAAAAAAAAAAGACGGUUGAAGGAGGCCAACACUUUCGACGUUGUCAAUUGUAUCAAAAAGUUUGUUACAUUCGGAUCCAGAUAUUAUAAUUUCUUUGACUAAUUCUAUUUAAAUUUUUUCGGUGAUAACAACGAACGGUUUGGAAAAAAAAAUCAUAUUGUUUUCAUUGAGCAUCUUGAUUAUAAAAAAAAUGUGGAAAGUAAUCGACGAUGGAACCUUCGUGUAAAUCGUGUUGAUUUUUCGUUUUGUUAACUCGAUCGAAUCAUCUCUCUCGAAACGAUAUCCAUGAUAUUCGCAUUGUGCAGCAUAGUGCAAGAUAUAAUCUUUAACUUCGGAUGGAUAUGAAAGCGAUACAAAUAACUGUCGAAGUAAAAGAUCUAUUCACUAUUUAUAAUGGGGUAAUGGGGAUCCUUGCUCUUAUGUUAAGUGAUUGAAUUGAAGUUGAAUUAAAUGUGUUGAAUAGCUUGAGAUUGUGAGACACACACAAAUAGCGAAAAUAAAUUUGAACUAUAAUCAUGUAGAGUUGUGAGAAGCGAUGAGAGCAGAUGGAGGCAGUUUUUCAAUUAACGCAAACAAAGUCUUGUAGAUUCCUAUAAAACUUUAUCAGGAAGAUAAUGACAUCAGUGAUAGUCGAUGAUUGUUUACUAAUGUUUUCACUUGUAUAACGUAUAUUUUUUUCCCAAAAGAAUGUAUCAUAAUCGAGAGACAAAUUAGCGCAAAGAAUGUCAAUCACUGAAGUUAUUGUUUGAUUGAUAAUUUCAAUAUAACUACAUCGAUCUGCUCUAGCACAAUUUAUCUGUCACUUGAUAGUUCACCCUGACUCGAAGCAAAAAAUUAUUUGAACCUUUAUGUAAUUAUGUUCGCGAUCCAUCUUUCAAUCAAGCACUCGAAACUUAUAAUACAUACAGUUUUACUUUACAAGCGCGAAUGUGGAACGAGAGCCUGUAACGCAAAAAUAUUAUACGACAAAAAGUUUUCUUACGGAUAUGCCGAUGCGAUAAUAAAAUAGCAAAAUUAAGAGUUUACACCAAGUAUAAAAAAAAUCUUUUUAGACUGAUUCGUCUUGAAAGAAAAGAUAAAUCAUCGUAAUGAUUAAGCCUUAAAGCACUUAAAGCGGCGCGCGAAUGAUCACAUGUAGCGUGUUUAAAAUUUCGAAUGAUGAUAUAUACUCUUUACCAUUGCGUUACUUGAUACAACAUGCUGGGGCCACGGGUGAUGUCAAAUGCAUAAUAUAUCAAAUGUAAUACAAGGACAUUAGACGUGUCUAUGAUUUACCAGUCCGGUAAUGGGCACCUUUUACGUGUUCAUACCGUUCUUAAUACACAAAGUAUGAAGACAAAAAGAGAGAGAGAGAGACAGAGAGAAAGAGAAAGAAAAAACAUAAUUCUUAACACAGAUAUCGGUGGGCGAGGCCUACUAUUUUUAUCCGACUUUAUAUUUCAUAAAAGUGUAAGUCUCUAUAUACAUUUUUGUUAAAAUGUAUUGUUUUAUAAUAAGUAUGUCUAUUAUAUAUAUAUAUAUAUAUAAUGAAUACGUUGCAAAGUUUAAUGAUACUGAAAAUGAAAUAAAUGUUAAUCAUUGCAACUUGGUUUCUAAAUUGAAAUACAUUAUAGAGUAAUAGCCGUACGCGCGACGAUCACAUCUCUUGUGUCAAGCAGAAGCGUUGGGAAGUAUCUCUUGGUGCUAUCGCUUACUACACACAUUACACAGCCAGACGUGUACGCGAGAAAAAAAGGGAAAAACUAACAAAGUACAUUGAUACAUUGUACAUUGUAGAAUGUAGCCUAUAGCCUGCUGGAGCCUUAAUCUGUUCACUUUACGUUGGGGAAACGGGGGCGGGUCGGGAGACCGGGAUAGGGGAAUACUAUGUACAUAUGUUAUUUGGAUGAAUGAAUGCGAUGAUGCGCACCACCAUUUGAUUCUUAAUGCAAUAGGAUUCGAAACAUAUGUAAUAUUAUUCAUACUUUGUAAGUUACAUCGUAAUUCAAGGCGUCAUUUCUUCAGCCACAAUAUAAGAUAAUUUCUCAGAGAAGAUAGGAGAAAAAAAAGAGAGAAAAAAUGCAAGUUCUUGCCAUCGAUGGUUGUGGAUGGUUGAACAAAAGCACGCAUGGAUAAAAAACAUAAAUAAAUUGUUUGUUAGCAUAUGUGAGGUGCAAUAGCAAAGUUAUUCAUGUAAAUACAAUCGCACAUACAUUAUACUCAAGUCGUUGUUUGUAUUACGUAUGUAAAUUACAAAAUGGAGCGUUGAAGUUUCGAAUCUUGUCAAAACUCCACACACAACAUAGUUGCCUACGAUAUUGAAACUAGGUAUUACCUACAAUCGAGUAUAUCGUAACAUAACAAACGCAUGUCCUUAUGUAAAAAUUUAAACACAGAAUACAUUUAUCAGUUAAAUUAUGUAUUAUUGAAUGUUAUAAUUGAUUAAAUAAAGUGAUAUGACACUUUA